AUGGAGGAGCUGUCCAAAGGGAUGAAAGACCCGACGGUGGCGAAGCUCGCGAAGGAAGCUUGCCCUCCAGGCACUAGUGGCAUCAGCAGAUAUGCUGGAUCAAUAGCCAAAUGGCUGGCGGAGUUCUCUGACAAGGGAGGCUUUCUUCACUUCCUGAGCUUGUUCAGCCGAGAAUUCGGGGAGCAGUGUAAUGUGGGCGAGGAUUUUUGGAGCUACGUGGCAUCCACUCAGUAUCUUCCUGCAGACAAGGUCUUGGUCAGACUUGCUUUCCUGACGACCCAGUUCUCCUGCCCAGCACACAAAAUCCAAGAUGGAUUCUCUCGCUUGCUCGUCAAAGGCGACUGGGACAAGCUUAAGAAGCUGAAGCAGGAAGUGGCAGAGAUGGAGUCGUUCCUUUACCAGGCAUGGCAGGACACAGCGAGCCGUUUGCCGAAUCUUGAAGCAGCUCGAAGCUUUGGCAUGAUUUGCAUGCGGAUGACUCUACAUCUCGUGGGCAAGCAGAAGAUGGGCCGAGACAGCAAGACCUUCAAGGACCUGCCUGCCAUCUUUCACGAGUUCCAGAAACAGACUGGGAAGGUGACUUCGGAGAGCAGUGCUGCAGCCCCGACUGCUGAGAGCACUCCUGCAGGGCCUGGGCUCGUGAGUUUGGGCCAAGCCUACGACCCUUUGUGGCAGGCCCAGCAGAAGCUGGAUCUGAGCAUCGGCAAUCUCUACCAGAUGGAUGGCGAGCUGUACGAGCUGACAGCAAUGAGCCAGGACUUCGUGACCUUGAAGAAGAGAGAGCUUUUCGACGACUCGACGGUCCAAGUGGAGACGUGGACGUGCCACAAGAAGCUGCGGCCCAGUAAGACUUCGGCACCCUACUUGCUUGAGGCAGCUGUUGCAAAACAGCACCACCCGGGAGCUGCCAGCAAACAGCAAGCUACCUUCGCCACUGUCUACACCCAGCUGCUCGAGGCCACGACGAAGUUGGAGCACAAGAACUUGUGGAAGAUGAUCGCUGUGAAUCCCGUGGCGCGAACAGCCUACAGCUUGCAGAAGAUCCCCGCUCACCAGCUCACUUUCGUUCCGUGCACAGACAGCCCCCAGCAGAUGAGCAUCAAAAAGCCUGAGGCUAAGCAUUGGGGUGAGGUAGUCUUCCAAGGAGUUACCUACUUCAUCCUUGCUCCGAAGGCAUUCAAGGCAGCCACGACUGAGAAGCCCAGCACUGGCUGCACAGCACCCUUUUGGUACCUGAAGCCGGAUGAAGAUCCGCUUCUUGAUUGGAAGGAGAAGUCUGUCGGUGGUUUGCAGAUUAGCUGUUUGAGCAAUCCCAGAGCCAUCGAGAAGCAUGCACUGCUGACCAUGCCUGUGCUCGAAGAGCCAGAGGCUGAAGAGGCAGUGAAGCUUCAGUUCAAGGGCAGAAGCUGGGUGGUGCCUGCAGGCUUUCUUUCGGAGGAAGACGAGGAGCAGUUCGUGCGCCUAAGGGUGUCGUGCUACGGCCUCUGCAUCUUGCUCGGCUGCUGCAAGAAGAUUCGCAACCCUUCCUUGAAGGCCUGCAUGGCUUUGAAGCAGCUCGUGGAUGCUCGGAACCGCAAGCUGGGCUUGGUCGAGGAGGAGGACAAGAAGCCGAAGCUUUUUGGAGACGACGAACGACCCAGCCCCAAGAGGAAGCGGAAGGCUCAGGCUCUGGAGAGUCCCAAGCUGGACUUGGACUUGCCGGAUGGAAGUGGCAUCGUCACAGUGAAGGCUGUGAAGUGGACUCGGGAGGAUUUGUCCGUUCUCUUGGAGGCCGAGCAGCUGGAGAGGCUCUUCAAGUUCCUCGUGGCGGAGGAGUUCUCCUUCGAGGCCGAAAGCCGUGGCUAUCGGAAGACUGGGAAUCAUGCGAAGAAGCCGAAGAUGCGAGAUCCCGAAGAGCCCAGCGAGAGUGAUUGA